ACAACCCGAGCUUGAUGAAGAAAGUUGGGGCAGGAAUAGCGCAUACAACCUCGGCGGAUUGGAUGGAGCCAAGUGGCUGAUUUGAACCCGCCAAGCCAAGGCCCAAUAAAAUACAUAAAGUCAAAUGAUUUGACAAUCAAAAAGCGGGGAGCAGAGUGACAGUGCCAUCACCAUGAAGAGGAAGAAGAAGGGAAAAUCGUCACAGUCGUCGAAGCCAAUUCCGCUUCUAACACUGAGAGCAGCCAAAAAAGAAGAAGAACCCAGUAGUCGCAGCGAAAGCCAAUUGCAAUUGGUCACCACCACCACCACACCCUUCAGACUCCCCGAUGAUUGGUCCGUUGAGGAAAAGCGCCGUCCCCUCAGAAAUACCUCCAGCCCCAGCCGAAUCGACAAGUAUUACAUUGAGCCUGGCACGGGAUUGAAGUUUCGUUCGUUGCCAUCUGUACAGAGAUACCUAACAGAAGGGCAAAUCGAAACACAUAUGAAGAAACUAAAACCAGGCAGUGAAUGCAAUAUGCAAAUUAUACCAGGCACCACCUGUACUUCGUCCUUUAUACUACCUGAUGAUUGGGAAAUUGAGAAAAAGCGACGAAAAAAUUCUCGUGUUAUAGACAAGACUUAUAUUGAGCCAGGGACUGGACAGCGAUUUCGUUCUUUAAGAGCUGUUGAGAGAUACCUAACAGAAGGAAAUGAAAAUACUCCACUUAAGCUUUCGCUCUGCUCUGGCGAUCAGAAGAUAAAAAGUUUGCCUGACGUCCAGUCCCAGAAAGUUGUUUCUACACCUCUGGAUAUAAAUAUUUCUGGCGAGAGCGAUAGACCAUCCAAGCUCAAUUUAGGCAGACCACCAGUAAAAGUGAAUUGGGUCCUCGCAGGUCGUGGAGGAAACAUGUGGAACCCCUUCAUGGACGAUUCUGAGGUCUCCGGUUGUGUAAAGCAAAAGUGGUUCGAGACUUUUAAAUCAUCCAUGUAUGGUGGAAACAUUAGUCCACCAAGUCAUAAGUUAUAACUGUUUUGCCAGACUGGAACUUCUGUAAUCAGUACUGUUUUAUUUGUUUACUUUAGAUGCUAGCCCACCCAAAGUUUUACCAGAUCCUUAACAUUUUAGUGAUAAGAUGUAUAUAUGGAUGUGUUUUCAUAAAAGGAGUUAGUUUGUAACACCAAAGAACACAAUAAUACUCAUUUUGCAUUUAAUGACCA